UAUCAAAAUCAUUGACAGCCCGCCAUUUGCGUAGACGACACGCGCUGUCAAAAUUUACUUCUAGUUUUUUUUUAAAUCAAAAGUUGUCCGCAGUUCUGCCUUAUAGAUCCAAUCAAUAAUUGUUUAAGAAAAUUCAACAUGAAUAUUCGUCUUCACGUUUUUCUUAUCCAAAUAUGGGUAAUAGCAGUUAUUAAUGGAAAAACCAUCCAUGGAAUCCCCGGCUAUGGUAGAAAUCUUGUAAUAAAAUCGUUGCCAGCCAUUGAAGACUUGCAAAGCAAUGUUUAUGAAGUUUUCAUGGAACCAUUUUUAUAUGGACCUAGAUCAGCUCCUGGCUUACAAGCGGUAGUUUUUCUGCAAGAUGACGUGGAAUCCGGCGUUAGCGGUGAACUUAUCUUCACACAGGUGGCGCCCAACGGCCCCGUGUCCAUACAGGGUAACAUCACCGGUCUCUCUGCUGGCCUACAUGGCCUACAUGUGCACCAGAGUGGGAACAUUGAUACAGAUUGCAAAAAAAUCGGACCGCACUACAUCGCUUAUUAUGGUCGUCACGGUGGUCCUCGGGACCCAGUCCGUCACGUAGGCGACCUGGGCAACAUUAAGGCGGAAGAGGGAGCGACUUUAAAUGUCAAGAUCAUCGAUGAAUUGAUUUCUCUAGCCGGUCCUAGGUCCAUUGUCGGCAGGUCGUUAGCUAUAACCAAGGGAGAGGAUGACUACGGCAGGGCGGGGACUGAAGAGAGCGCUCUAACUGGUAGUUCAGGGCCAGUCAUCGCUUGCGGUGUUAUUGGUUACUUACAUUAGAUAUACGAUAACGUAAUUUAAGUCUUAUUGCAAUAACUUUUAGAGGUUAAAGAAGUAAACUAGUAGAACAGAUUUUUCCACGUGUUUUUUUGUGAUAUUUGUACAUUAUUAUUAAUAUUUUCUUUAUAUACAGCACAUAAAUAUCAGUA